AUGCUGUCUUUCUAUCCAGCCAUUACUUUAUUCUCUCUAGUCUCCAUGACGUCUGCUACAGGACAUCUCCGUCUUGAGCUCACAUCUUCCGAGCACUGUACUCUCCACCUCAAGACAAGUUCAAGUUUCCAAGCUCUACGACUCAACAUGGGAAUCACUCGAAUUGUCAGCUUCCAUCCAAAAGUGAAUCAGAAGACGAUUGAAAUUGCUUUCUUCAAAGGUGGAAGCCCUCCACAAUCUUACGUAUAUGAAAUGGAAACUUCGAAUGGAACCAGCUACCAAACAUUCAUAUUUUCUCAAACCGUUAUUUUGGUUCAGUCUUUCUUUGAAUGUGAUUCUGGAUUUUACGGAUACCACUGCAAUGAUAGAACUACUUCAACAUCAACCACGUCUUCUACUACUACUCCAGUGUCUCCAGCAACAUCUGGAACCACCAAGGUCAAAGUCGUCACUGAAACUUCUCCAGGUCGUUCCAUGGCUCCUAUUUCCACCAACACUUUUCUCUGUGGAUCUCUCAUGAUUGUCAUUGUAAUCCUUCUUGCUCUCAUCUGCACUAUCUGUAUUUUGAUUCGAUCAAGUCAUCAGAAUAUCUACAUUCAACCACAAGCUCCAACUCCGAUCAAAACCAAGUGCAAAAUCACCAUCGAGGACUCAGAAUGCUACUCUCCAGAGAGUGUAAGAUACACAGCGGCCCCAUUUAAAUCAGUAACAAUCUCAUUGUAA